GGUGACCUGAUGUUGACUUCCAGGUCCCGAAUCAAACCGACAGGAUCUUCACCCGCUGCCCGACACCCCCUGAGGCAAUUGGUCUCAACGGGUCUAGGCAUUCGUAGCACAUUCGGGCGAACGACAGAAUUCCACGUAAUACCGACAAGGAGAUAGUGCAUAAGUACUCCGUUCAGACCGUUUGAGCCAUGAUUCGUACUUCCUCCGUCUGCUUCGUCUUGAGAUAGGAAAGGGGAUAAGUUCUCAAACAGCCAGGAACCUCCUUUGUAGCGAAUCGAUCUCUAUAAUCCGCUUUCGUACCAUUUGUCUGGAACAAACCUUUUCCUCCUUGUUAUCCGACCCCCUAAACCUGGUAUCAAUCAGGUAUUGUAGCGUAUAGCAUAUCAUCAUGUGCAUAGCCAUUGUCUCAACUGCACAUCCGGACUACGAGCUCAUCGUCCUCAGCAAUCGCGAUGAAUUCCUCCACCGACCCACCGCCCCAGCAACCUGGUGGGACCCCCCCAACACCCACGUCCUCGGCGGCCGCGACCUCCACCGCGCCGUCCAGGGCACCUGGCUCGGCAUGACUAAGCAAGGCCGCUUCGCCGUGCUCACCAACUUCCGCGAAGAGCACACCGACGACGCGGUCGGCAAGAUGAGCCGCGGGGCGAUAGUGAAUUCGUUCCUGACGAUCCCGGCGGACAGCGGGGAGACGCCGGAGGAGUGGGCCGCGGGGCUCGUGGCGGAGCAUGGGGUGAAGGGCGUGGGGGGGUUUAGCCUGAUGUUUGGGUGGGGGAAAAAGGGGUUGGCGAUCAUUUCGAAUCGGACGCCGGAUGUGGAUGGGCUGAUUUGGUUGGCGACGACGCGGGGGGAGACGCAUGGGCUGAGUAACUCGCAUUACGGGGAUACCAGCUGGCCAAAGGUCACGCACGGCGAGGAGAUGUUGGCGUCGGUGAUCCGGGAGUCGAGCAAUGCGGGCGAGGCCGAGGACGCAUUCACCGACCGGCUGUUUGGCAUCCUUAGCACAGAUACCCUGCCGCGCCGGCACUUGGGUGAGGACUGGGACGGGUACAUUGAGCAGCUGAGGAACUCGGUCUUCAUCCCGGUGAUCGGACGGGAGGCGACGCAGGGGCGGUCGUCCAGCCAGGUGGCCUCGGGGAGUCGGGAUCGGGAUGAGAAGGUGGCGAAGGAGCAGGAGGAGCAGCAGAGGAAGGAGGAGGAGGUGUCGAGUGGGACGUAUGGCACGGAGAAGCAGACGGUGAUUUUGGUGCGGCAUGAUGGCUCGGUGACGUAUAUCGAGAGGACGUUGUAUGAUAGUCAAGGGAAGGCGUGCACAGGGAAAGAUCGGGAUUGCCGGUUCGACUUCGACAUUCACGGGUAGAGGACGGAGAAUCCCCAGUUGACGUACAUUUGAUGUGUAUGGGUAUGGUAUUCACAAAUAUAUAUCGCUGCUCUUCGCGAGUUUGGACUUUGGAGUCUGUAAAUAGUGCCUGAUCGUACCCUUCCUGGAAUUUACACAGGUAAACGCUAGUUCCUCCGCCGAUAAGUCACAUAGACCAUCGGAUGCAUCAUGAUCCCCUAGCUCCGUGACGCCAGCAAUAAUGCAAUAUCAAUAAUGAACGGAAGUAGAAGAACGCAAGGUGGAUCGCCUCGCUCCCACGAACCACCCAACUUGUAAGGAUAUUACCACUCGUAUAUGCCAGAGUGUUUGGCCAUCAUAACCGGAACAUUCGCUUGCAAUUCGAAAGCCAUUAUGCUCAUAACUCCUCCCCUUCCAGACACGCCACCGCCACAGCCGCACCGUAUAUCGAACUCUCACCGGCAUCCUCCAACACCACACUGUGCUCCUGAC